GUAAUUCACUUUUUAAUCUUCAUAAAAAUCCCAUGUAUUAAGUUUUUGAAUAUUCUGUUAAAAUGAAAAUAAAUGGAUUACAUAACAGUCAUUACAAAUAUUAACAAUGGACAAUAACUUAACUUAGAGUUUUAAAAAUAUAACCUAGUCAUGGAUUAUUUAGGCGAAAUUAUAGCCUUAGGCAUUGACAGUAUCAUUUUUGGUGUCUGCAUGAAACAAUAUUUUCACUGUAAAAAUGCAAUUGCUGCAGUAAAGGAUGCCGAAUUUCACGAAGUUGGUCCGCAAUUGGGAGAGCUUGUUGAUAAAAGUCCCGAUAAUAAAAUAGGCUACAUUGCUAUUAGGGGUAUUGUAAAACCCUUAGGAAAACCAUUAAAUAGCAUCAAUAACAAAAAAUUAACAGGUGUUGUACAGAAACUGAAGAUUAAAGAACAUGUUGUGGCUAGAACUACUGCUGGUUUUUGGUCAGAUCAGGAGCGAACUGUUCAUAAAGUAUAUAAUACAGUACCCUUUGCUUUACAAAGAGGUGCUCAUUCUAUAGAGAUAAUAGAACCAUUGGCAGCAGAUAUCUUAGAUUUGGAUGUGGUAUCUGAUACUUUUGAACCAAGUGUACCAUCAUUUGCAGAUCAUUUAUGGGGCUUUUUCACAGGAGUAAGGCAACGUGGUUUGCAAUCUACCGAAGAGUUGCUUAGGGAAGGUGCAGUUAUGACAGGUAUAGGUGAAUUAACAAGAGUGAAGUCUAAAACACUAGUAUUACAACCUCCAUUAAAUGGCACACCUUUUUACUUAACAAGCAUGUCAAUUAGUUCUCUGAUUCGCAAAUUGGAUGAUCGUAAACGAACAUACAGAAUGCUGUGUAUAAUGUUUGGUGCAAUUGGAUUGUUAAUUGGUGGAAUAGUCUUUCGACGUUAUUGGAAGGAUAGAUCAGAACAGAGAAUAGCAGAAGAACUGAGACAAUCUCUUGCUGCAUCUCGAAAAGAAAGACGGCAAAGAGUAAGAGACACGGAUCUUAGAGAAGAUCAGUUGUGCGUUGUUUGUCGCACUAAUCCACGUGAAAUUAUUCUUCUUCCCUGUGGACAUGUUUGCUUAUGCGAAGAUUGUUCUGAUGAUAUUCUCAAUGAUUGCCCUGUUUGUAGGGUACCAAUUACACAAAAAGCUGCAGCAUAUAUCGUCUAACAUCCUAUAAAAUAGUUUCAAAAGAAUGAUUUAUUACCUCAUACAGAACAAUGCUCUAAUGAAUGAAUAAAAAUUAAAAAAAUGCUGUAAUUUAAAA